CGUCAUACGUCACCGUUAAUGUUGACGUGUGGCUAAGUACAGCGCUGUCUCGUUGCCCAGCUAGCUGGAAUUUGCUCCCUGACAGUGGAUGUUUAAGGAAACCCACUGACAGCUGACUGCUUAUCGCAAACGCUUGAACUUUUAAGGAUGGCGGCUGACUGGGAAGAAAUCCGAAGACUCGCUGCUGAUUUCCAAAGAGCACAGUUUGCGGACACGGUGCAAAGGCUAUCGGAGAGGAACUGCAUCGAAAUAAUUGGGAAACUGGUCCAAGACAAGAAGCUGGAUGUGGUGCACACGCUUGAUGGAAAGGAGUACAUCACUCCAGCACAGAUCACCAGGGAGAUCCGGGAUGAACUCUACGUGCACGGAGGGCGAAUCAACAUCGUGGACCUCCAGCAGAUAAUCAAUGUGGAUUGGAGCCAUGUUGAAAAUAGAGCAGGGGAAAUUGCUAAAUCGGAUAAAAGGGUCCAUCUUUUGCUGGGACAACUUAUUGAUGAAACGUACCUGAACCGAUUGGCUGCGGAUGUGAACGACAAGCUGCAGGAGGCCGGUUUGAUCAGCAUCGCUGAACUUUGUAAAAACUACGACCUCCCGGGAGAUUUCUUAUCUGAGGAGCUGUCAAAGCGCCUAGGGAAGCUCAUCCAGGGAGAAAUGAACCAGCACAACAGGGGGGUCAUAUUCACUCAGGCUUUUGUUGCUCGUCACAAAGCCAGGAUACGUGGGCUCUUCAGUGCUAUCACCAGGCCAACACCUGUCAGCAGCUUGAUCGGAACAUUUGGAUUCCAGGAACAUCUCCUGUACUCUGUCCUGGAGGAGCUGGUGAAUACAGGACGCCUAAAGGGAAGUGUAGUUGGAGGUCGGCAGGACAAAGCCAUGUACAUCCCCGAUAUUUACUCCCGGACGCAAAAUGCCUGGGUGGACUCUUUCCUGCAGCAGAAUGGAUAUCUAGAGUUUGACGCGUUGGUCCGACUGGGGAUCCCCGACCCCACCAGCUACAUCACAAAGCGCUUCAAGUCCAGCAAGCUGCUGUUCCUCAGGGCAGCCUGUGUGGGUCCGACCCUGGUGGACCAGGUGGAGGCCUCCGUGGAGGAAGCCGUCAACUCCGCCACGUGGACCGACAUACAGACGAUUUUGCCCAGCUGCCUGUCCAUGGAGGACGUCGGGAUGUUGAUCAACCAGGCAAUGAGAAACACUAAUGUCCUGUCCUCUGCCCGAGUGCUGGGAGAGACGGUCGUCGUCAGCGAGAAGUUCCUCAGCAACUGCCUCUCUUUGUUCGACGACGCCAUGCAGCAGAAAGCUCAGAAGGAGGUGAAGAACAAUCCAGUGUUUCUCAUAACUGAAGAUGAUCUGAAGCAAGCAUCCAUGCUGACGGAGAGCUCAGCAAUCUCUAAAAAGGACAAGAGAGAUGCAGAGCGCAAGAAGAAGGCCACAGAGGGCAGUGGCAGCGUGAAAUCAGGAGGCGGAGGCAACGCCAGAGAGAUCCGGAUCCGUAAAACCAAGAAGAAAGGGAGGAAAGACGAGGACAGCGACGAGGAGAGCGGCCCGUCGCAGCAAAAUCGUAGUAAACAGUCCGGCGCCCCCUUUAUGGCGCAGGAGGAGAUCAUAGCCGUUCUAGAGGAGAGAGUGAGCGACUGCCCCGAAGAAAUCCUCGCCGAGCUGGCAGAGCAUUUAGUGAGGCCAUUAGCUAAAGCGUACCAGGAGGUGCUGCGGGCGGUGUUCCUGUCCUCCACCAGCUCCCCGUCAAGGGCCAACAAGAAGCAGAGCAUGAAGGAUCUGCAGGAGGAGAUCACCAAUCUGUUCAACAACAUCCGACUCUUUGAAAAGGGCAACAAGUUCUUCUCUGAUGAAACCCAGGUCCACAUAGCCAAACACAUUCUGAAGACCCUGUGCACCGACGUCACCAACAUCCUGGUCAACUUCCUGGCCGCCGACCUGAUGAUGUCCGUGGAGAACCCCGCAACCAUCACCAACGAGGUCAGAGUGAAGAUUCUGGGAAAGCUGUCGGAGGAGACCAAAGGACCGCUCAUGAAGCUGCACAACUGCCUCAACGGCAAAAGUGUUGAAGACUUCCUGAACAACAUAGAGACCUGCGCAGAGGUGUGUGGCUUAAUGCUGAAGAAGGGAGACAAGAAAAGGGAAAGACAGGCGCUGUUCCUGCACCGCCAGGCUCUCACCGAGCAGCUGAAAGAGGCGGAAGAUCCGGCACUGAUCCUCCACCUGGCCAGCGUCCUGCUGUUUCAGGCCAGCACCCACUGCAUGCUGCACGCCCCCGGGCGCUGCGUGCCUCAGAUCAUCGGCACCCUCACCGGACGAAUACCCGCGGAGCAGCAGCAGCUGCUGGCCUCCUACCAGAGCCUGGUGGUGAAGCAGCUGGUGAGCCAGAGUCAGAGCAGCAAGCUGCAGGAGGAGGACAACGCGGAGGAGCAGGAAGAGGAGGCCCGCGGUGUGCGCACGCAGCUCGCGGCGCUGACGCCGCAGCUCAAGGACCUGAUGCUGUCCAAGGGGAAGGCGUCCGUCACAGAGGACUGAACGUGUCGGGGACGGAGUGAGGGACUUCCUAAUGACUUAACAUGUUAAGAUGAAUACUCUUAACGCUGAUGUAUUUUUGUGAUUUAUCCAUGUGGACUGAAAGGAAAUUCCUGUUGGGAUGUCACCAUGUUAACAAAAGUGACAUGAAAAUCCUCAAUGAGGUUCUGAUUUUCAUGCAUUCAUUAAAGUUCUCCUCUGAC